CCAUGGUCGUCGAUGAUGUGAGCGAGAACGAAGAUGUUGACACAAUCGAUCAGUCGGAAAGUAUGGAGAUGGCGUUCUGUGUUACAACAUCCGCUCCUCACCACAGCCUGUUCUUGUCCGCCUAGGAGAGGGCCUUGCAGAAACUGGAGAACGAUGCCAUGCUCACUGAUGACACAAUCGAGGGUUUUCAGAACCAGUUCGUGGAUAAGAUCACACAGCCACCUGAUAGUCUUCUCCUGCACCCACUCUACCUCCGACUUGGCCACUGCCUGCCCGCGUCUCUGCCUAGGCCUAUUCGAGAGGGCACGGUGAAAACUAUCUUUGCCAUGGUCCACCAUCUCGGCUCUACGUGUAAGCACUGGACCUUCGUCCGCAUGCGCCUCGUCGAGAAAAGCGUUGAUCAUUACGACCCAUGGCCUGGAAAAGCAGGCUUCUCGGAGGUGAUGCCGCUGAUCACGGGCUGGCAACAGAGGUUUCUUCCAGAGUCUACCUUCACUUUUAUCCAGAUGCCUGGUCCUCGGCAACGGGAAUCUGUGUCAUGCGGCGCCCAUGUUUUGAUAGCACUGUGGUACCUCCUACUCGGCCAUUCGAGUCUAGAGGAUCUGGAAUCCACCGAUGAAGAUGUCAGGAGAGAUCUUGCUAUAAUUGCGCGGCGACAGGAUAGUAACACCAAGAAUAUCUCGAUGUCUCCAUCUAUACCCUCUAUGGAUCCAUUCAUUAUGAUCAACAUGGCACAAGUCCCAGACAUUAACGUAAACAGCGUCCUCUUCACUAAUAUCACCAUGAGGCGUCCUAAUAUCCAUCGCGAAGCCGGUUCGAGCAGGUCCGACUCGUCACGCCCAACCGAGCGCCAGAAACUAGACGACUUCUUCAUUGCCCUCGAGAAAGCGCGAGAGAUUGCCCGCGCUAUCGAGUCCGAGCACCCCUUCGAGAACGAGCCCGGCCUGGUGCCGAACGCGGAAAAGGCGCUCCAAGAUGCCAAAGAUCGAGUAACCCAAGCAGUUAGCCAUGUUCAGACAUGCAUAAAAAGAUGUGAUACGGCGGAGCAGGCCGAGGCACAAGAGCGCCAGCGCUUCGACUAUAUAGUUACUUGGGCUAAGCAAGCGAUGAUGAUCCCGCCGCCACCAUCUGGAGGCGAUGACAUCACCAAGGAUCCAGAGAUUUAACGACAUCGCGCGACAUUAGAAGACUGCAUGGGCAAUAAUCAGUCCAAGGGUGAGCUAGCGCUGAUCAAGGCCGAGAGAGCACUUCG